AUGGGUAGUUCGCCCAAUAAUAAUAAUAAUGCCAUUUCUACCAAUAAUAUCAAUAAUAAUAAUAAUGUUGAUAACCAAUUAACAACAUCAAUAUCAUCAUUAUUAAUAUCACAAAAUAACAACACAAACAACAACAAUAAUUUAACGACACAAACAUAUAAUAUUUUUACAAAUAGCUUUACAAAUAAUAGUAAUAAUAAUAAUAAUGGAUCAUUAUCACCAUCAUCAUCCAUACACAAUUUUAGUUUAUUAAAUGACAUUUAUUUUCAAAAUACAAACAAUGUUAAUGAACUGGUUAAUAAAAGUUCACAUGGUGCAAGUAUAAGUGCAGGCAGCAUAGCAAAUAUAAAUAGUGGCACAUCUGGAUCAAUUCAUAACCAAUAUCGUAAUGGUAGUGGUAGUGGUAGCGGUAGUCAAAAUAGUAAUAACAACAUGUAUAUUGGUAACAAUGGAAAUAUAGUAAGUGAUGAAAUUGGUGCACCAACUUAUGGAGUGGAUUUAAUUGUUCAAACUACAAAGCAAGAGGACUCUAAAUUUAUGGGAAAGAAAAGAAGAAGGAAUAGUAGUGUUAGCAAAGUGUUUUUAGGUGACUUUUUACGUUUAUCAAACAAUGUAUCAAUUUUAAAAAUGAUUUCAAAAUUUGGUGAUAAUCAAAUACUUUUUUCUGAUGUUUUAAUAAAAGUUAAUAAAAGAAAUAAAAUGCAAGAAAGAAUCAUUAUCAUCACAGAUAAAUCAAUUUAUAAUGUAAAUCCAAAAGACUAUAAAUUAAAAAGAAGAAUCUCUUUAGAGAAUGUAACAUCGUUAUCAAUGAGUACUCAAGAAGACAAUUUUAUCAUUUUACAUGUAAACUCGGAAUAUGACUAUGUUUUGGUUGGCAGUAGAAAAAUUGAAAUUGCAACCGUUCUAGUAGAAUCCUAUCACAAUUUAACAUUUUAUCAAAUAACCCCUUAUAGUUUAAAUACCAAUAAUAAUAGUAAUAAUAAUAGUUUAACCUCACCAUCAUCACCAUCUCCAUUAGCAGCAUCAACAUCUUCAACAACAACAACAACAACAUCACCACUAACAAAUAACUCUACAACCAACAACAAUAAUAACAAUGUAAAUAAUAGUCAUCACUUAAAUAUAAAUAAUAGUAAUACAAAUACUCCAAACCAUAGUAAUAAUAAUAGUUUGAAUGGUAAUAAUGGUAAAAUUAAUGAAGAUUUAUCAAAAAACAAUAUAGGUAUUUUAACAUCAAACUCAAAUUCAUCAAAUGUUAGUAUAAUACAUAGAAUCACUGGAUUAGUAUUACCAAUUAACUUUAGUGAUAAAAUUGAAUAUAGAAUCGAAGGUGAUUCUAUGAGAGAAAUAGUAUUCACAAGGGUCAAAGGUUCAGUUAAUAUUUCAAUUCAAAAUGCUAAAUCAAAACCAUCAUUAAAAAAAGAAAACUCUAGAAUUUCCAAUACAACCCCCUCAACUAAAUAG